UUUACUAUUUGUUACAGAAAUGAAUGAGUGAACGACCACAUUCCUUUCUUAAUUCCUUUCCCUGAGCCCAUUGGCCACGCCUCUACAGUCUGACCACGCCUGGAGACACUGCGCAUGCUCCGUCGCUAGCCGGCUCAGGCUCAGCGCUGAAUCGGCACAAACCAUUCUCACUUCUCUUACCGCGGUGGGGAGGUCGGAGAUAAUUUUUUCCCACGAAAGGACACGCGUUGCCCGUCUCCUUCCCCGAGGAAGGAACUAAGAAUUCCGUUCCUGUGUUUGCGUGAGCUGUGACACCAGCACCGACUCGGGCUUCCGGACCUCCCUCCUGCACGGGAGCCUCACACUGGGUCUCCCCCGGGGCUGCGCUGGUGCCGUCCGGCCCGGUCACGUGAGCGGCAAAAUGACGGCCCCCAGACCGCACUGCGCGUGUGGCGGCUGGUGAAGCGGUGGUCGCGGCGGCGCCUGUGGGAACGGGCCGGGCCGAGCGGCCCUGAGUCUCCGGAGCUCGAUUCCUACACCACCGUGUGCCCAGGUUUAGCCUGGGUUGUGGAAGGCUGGGGCCCACUGACAGCACGAUGGUGACGGAGCAGGAGGUGGAGGCCAUUGGGCGGAUGCUGGUGGACCCCACACAGCCCCUGCACGCCCGCUUCCGGGCGCUGUUCACGCUGCGCGGGCUCGGUGGUCCGGAUGCCAUCGCCUGGAUCAGCCAGGCCUUCGGUGACGAUUCUGCCCUGCUCAAGCACGAGCUGGCCUACUGCCUGGGCCAGAUGCAGGAUGCCCGCGCCAUCCCCGUGCUGGUGGCCGUGCUGCAAGACACCCGUCAGGAGCCCAUGGUGCGCCAUGAGGCAGGGGAGGCCCUGGGGGCCAUCGGGGACCCGCAAGUUCUGGAGCUCCUGAAGGCGUAUUCGUCGGACCCCGUCAUCGAGGGCGACCACUUGGCCAAGAAUGCCCCAGGGAUGGAGGCCAGGGCGACAACCCAGAUGGACACUUGCUGUGGCCCAUUUGGCAAAACGGUGGCCGAGACCUGCCAGCUGGCUGUGCGUAGGCUGGAGUGGCUGCAGCAGCAUGGCGGGGAGCCAGCGGCAGGACCUUACCUCUCCGUGGACCCCGCCCCACCAGCCGAGGAGCGUGACGUGGGGCGCCUGCGGGAGGCGCUGCUGGAUGAGUCCCGGCCGCUGUUUGAGCGAUACCGCGCCAUGUUCGCCCUGCGUAAUGCAGGAGGCGAGGCGGCCGCCCUGGCGCUGGCUGAGGGCCUGCGCUGUGGGAGCGCCCUUUUCCGCCAUGAGGUCGGCUAUGUCCUGGGACAGCUGCAGCAUGAGGCGGCGGUGCCCCAACUGGCAGCUGCCCUGGCCCGCCACGCCGAGAACCCCAUGGUGCGGCACGAGUGCGCGGAGGCCCUGGGCGCCAUUGCCCGGCCCUCCUGCCUGGCCGCACUGCAGGCCCACGCGGGCGACCCUGAGCGAGUGGUGCGGGAGAGCUGCGAGGUGGCUCUGGACAUGUACGAGCAUGAGACUGGGCUGGCCUUCCAGUACGCCGACGGCCUGGAGCAGCUGCGUGGGGCCCCCUCCUAGGCCCCUGCCCCCACCCUGGGCUCCCCGAGGACUCUUGAGGGCCGCUCCUCCUCGGAGGGCUUGGAGGGCUUUGGUGUCUAAACCGGGUGUGUGUGAAUCGGGUGUCAUCACGUGUCUUCCUGGGCGCAGGGCUGCUGUCCCCUCCCCUCCAUCUGGGACUGAGGGGCUGCCUUUGCACUGUGACUCCCUGAAUCCCCUGGCAGCUCCCAGGGUCCUAGUGCAGGGCUGUAGCAUGGAAGUUUCCAGGCUCAGAGGUGACUGCGGGAGGCUGAGAUGCCAGGCUCAGGACAGGGUGUCUUAGGAGGGAGGAUUUUGAGGGAAGGCAGGGGCAGAGCUGGGGCUCUUGGAAGAGGCUGGCGUUAGUUACAGUCGCUCCAUCUUCACUAGGAAUGGGGCACAGGGUCUGGGGGUCUCUGACUCCCCCAG